CGCCGCGUUCGGGCCGACGCCUGUUCCUUUGGCGCCGUCUUGGGCAAAACCAAAAUGGCAUCAGCCUUGCUGACGUGGAUGAAGGAUGAGAGGAUCAAACCCAACACCAUCUGUUACAACGCAGCCAUCACAUCUAGUCCCUUGACGCGACGUUGGAACACGAGGCGAUGAUUGGACUAUGGCAUUGCAAUUCUUCUCUGACAUGAUCACUGCCAAGUUAGAACUCGAUCGUCUCAGCGGUAAUAGUGUCUUGAAGAAGAUGCCCAGAUCCCAGUCCGUGACGUUCUUGGAGACAAUGAGGGAACUGCAGAUCAUGCCAGAUGAGAUCUCCUAUAACACCGCCAUCCACGGUUCAGAGUGGGAUCUUGCUUUGCACCUGUUGCGCGAGCUAAUCUCGGCCGACCUUCGCAUCAACGUGGUGGCAGUCAGUUCGGCCAUCAACUCAUGUCAAGUGGCCAGUGAAUGGCCGUCUGCUCUGGUGUUGUUCCAGCAGUUGGCAGACCACCGCAUUGAGCCCGACAAGAUCGCCAUCUCUGGCCUUUUCAGUGCUUGCGACAAGGGUGGUCAAUGGCCAGUGAUUUUGGACACUCUCAGCGCCUUGCAGAGCGACUCCAUGGAUGCCCAGCUCUUGGUCAUUGCGAUGAAUGCCUUGACGAAGAAGCAGCGCUGGCAGGAUGCCAUUGAGAUCUUUCACCAGGCGGAGCUGAGGGAGCUGCGCCACGUGGAUCUCCAUUGCUACACUGCCCUGGUGCACGCCUGUGGCCAGGGAAAGAAAUGGCAAUCAGCUUGCGCUCUCCUGGACCAGGUGCCGUGUCCGGAUGCCGCCCUCUUCCACUUGGCCAUGUCGGCAUGUUGGUGGGAACAUGCCCUGAGGCUGUUUCAGCGAAUGGAAGAAGCUCAGUGCCAGCCGACCCUUGUGACCUUCAAAAGUCUCAUGGGAACAACGAACGCUUGGCACCUAUCCGCCUGGGCAUGCGAGGAGAUGCUGUCAAGAAGCCUGGACACGGAUUCGGAGUUCCAGAAGACUAUCGCACGAGCGACUUCACCACGCAUUUCGCCCUUGGCCGAAGCAAUGCUCGCAGAACCUGAGGUGGUUGACUGUGAAAGGGUCAUCAAGAACUACAAAGAGUCGGGAGACUGGGAAUCCGCUCUGGGCGUCGUUGCCACGUUGUGCUCCCAACGGUUUACUCCGAGUCUGGUCAUCUUCAACUCUUUGAUACAUAGCUGCGAGAAGGCCGGUUGCUGGGACUAUGCCCUGGCAACGCUCGCACGUAUGGAGGAGUUAGCGGUUGAAGCGAAUCGAGUCACCUUGAACUCCGCCAUCAGCGCCUGCGAGAAGGGCCGCCGCUGGACCAUGGCGCUGCAGCUCUUCCGACGCCUCGGGUCCGACGCGGACGUGGUGUCGUACAACGCGGCACUCAGCGCUCUGGAGAAGUCGGGGCAUUGGCAACAUACCUUGCUUCUGCUGGAGCAGAUGCUGCAAGAGUCCGCGGGGAACUCUGAGGUGUCCCCUGAUGAUGCCAAAGAAGAGAAGUGGCAAGCCGCCCUGGCGUUGUUCGAGAAGAUGCAAUGUUCAGAAGUUGCCGCUGAUGAGAUCACAUACAACUGCUUGGCCAGCGCAUGUGAAUCCGAGCAAUGGCAAUCGUCUCUCUUCCUCUUGCUGCAAGGCUCGGACGCACUGCAUCUGGCGCUGGCCGGCGAAGUGCCGGAGCUGACGUCCAUGGAGUGUUCGCAGGCCGCCAUGGUGCUGUGGCGCUUGGCGAAGCUACGACGAUUGGGUGUUUCGAGCCAGGUCGUAGGGAGCGCAGCUCGGUCAGUUGCCGCCUCAGUGGAUGUGAAGGAGUUCCAUCUGCAGGAGCUCAUCUCCAGCCUUUGGUCCCUGCGAGCCCUGGGUGCCGGUGCCACUGCGCCCUCGCUGCGAUCCCUUCGUCGCGACCCGCGGCUGCGCGGUCUGCGGGGCCUGGGCCUACGACACCUGGCGAUGCUGGGGAAGGUCCUGGCGGAAAGCCAAGAGAACUUGGCGCAUGAGCUCCACCUGGUGCUGUGUGAAAUGCUGCGGCGUGUGGAGAGCUUUCCGAUUCGCUCUCUGUCGGACGCCGCCCUAAAGGAACUCGCCACGGCAGCUCUGUCGCUGAUGUACGCAUGUCACUUCUCAGAGCUGGGUGAAGCCUGGGCGAUAAGGGACCUAAGGCAAGCACUUGGUCGUUUGGGUUCUCAUUUCGAUGCGCUGCGCCGGGCUCCCACAGUGCCUGCCUUGCUGCCGCUGGAAGUUCCGCCAGAGGGCGGCCAUCGAAAUCUGGCAUUGCCGCGGGUGGUGACGCAGGGCGCAGAUGUUCUGGUGCUGUGGAAGCCGCCACAUUGGCAAGUGGAUGAACGAGACGCCAAGGUCACCGAGGACGUGACGCAUGACGAUCGCGGUUUGAUGUCCCGUUUUCUGCAAGCCAUGGCACCAAGGACUUCUCUGGCCUUCAACGAAGCCCACCAGCGCGGGUUCUUGCAUCGCCUUGAUGUACCAAGCUCUGGACUGAUCUUGACGGCCCAGUCCUUCGAAGCCUUCUACGACCUCAAAUUUCAGCUCUCCACGGGCCGUUUGGAGCGCGAUUACUUGGUGCUGUGCCACGGGCGGAUGCCAGCGCGUUCUUCCAUUGAAAGUCGCAUCACGUGGACUUCUCAGGGCCCCGAAGCCAACGAAGUGAGUUGGAUCAGCGCCGCGGGGCGAGCUUCCAAGACGUUGAUCCUGCGGAGGGUGAGCGAAACGUUGGGCUUUACUUUACUGGAGAUCCGGAUUCGUACGGGUCGACGGCACCAAAUUCGUGUGCACCUGUGCUACGUGGGACAUCCCACAGUGAUGGAUGGGAAGUACACAUCACUGGCCACGCAGCAUGCGGAUUCCAAGUGGUGUCUUGGAGCAUGGUAUAGGACGACUGGCUGCAAGCAAGCCACAAAAACUUUGGGGAAUACUUAA